AUGGAAUUAAGCUCUGGAUCGACGAGUAGCUUUGGGAGUAAUUCUGGAGUUCGGAAACUGUGUGAAUGUGGAUUGCCGGCAAAGGUCUUCAAAUCCAAAACGGAUAAAAAUCCAAAUCGAAGGUUCUUUGGGUGUCAGUUGUACAAGGAAGGUGGUAAUGCUCACUGCAAAUUCUUUAGGUGGCUCGACGAGGAGGUCAUAGGGUGGCCGAAAAGGGCGUUGGCAGAAGCUCAAUCUGUAAUUAAAGAGAAGACUGAGAAGAUUGAAGAACUUAAUGCGACAAUUUUGGAGCUUCGUGGUGAUUUGGAGAGGCAAAACUUGGAGAUAUCAUCAAUUAAUACAGAAGAUGAGAAGAUUUCGAUUGAGCUUGGAUUACAGAAAAGGAUUGACGAAAUGGAAACAAUAGUUUAUCGUCAACGCAUCGUCAUCAAGGGAUUGACAGGAUUGCUUGUAUGUGUCGUAUCAGCCAUUGUCUUUUGUAUUGUUAGUGAUGUUUGA